CCGAGCGUGGACGUUGGUUAAAUGCCUCGUACUGCGGUUGAAUCCAGUGUCGUGUGUGAUGUAGCUGUGUGACGACCGCGAGUACGUUUCACUCCGUAAUCAUUCCGAAAAUGAUUAGUAUUUCGAUGAUCCGAAAGUGAUUCAGUGUCGAAGUAUUUCAGCCCGUUUUCACGGCUGAGCCACGAUGAUCGAAUCAAUAGGGAACAUUGUCGAUCGUGAUCACCUAGGGUAUUAAGGUGGAACUCGAGGAAUUAUAAAAUGGCUACAAAAACCGAGGACACAACAUCCAUUGAUAAUACCAAUGAUGGGGAGAGCAUGGACAAAGAGGUAUUAGCUAUCAGUGGAACUGAUGAGACUGGUCAUCGUAUUCCACCUACGUAUUUGUAUACCACAGGUUCAGAAUCAAAUACAGGAAUAUCCAAUCAAGAGCAGGGCAACAGAAGUCGCAAUCAAGCUACGGAAGACCAGUUAGGACCUCUACCUCCAAACUGGGAGAAGGCUUACACUGAUACAGGAGAAGUUUAUUUUAUAGACCAUAAUACAGGUACUUCACAUUGGUUGGACCCACGUUUAUCCAAAUUUCAAAAGAGAUCUCUAGAAGAGUGUUUGGAUGAUGAGUUACCGUAUGGCUGGGAAAAGAUAGAUGACACACUCUACGGUACAUACUUCAUCGAUCAUGUAAAUCGUAGAACUCAGUAUGAGAAUCCAGUAUUACAAGCUAAAAGGGCUCAGCAAAGUUUAGGUGAAAGAAAGAGUCCGAAUUUUACUAGAAAUCCUGAUAAAUUGAAAGGUCAGAGAAUAAGGACAACGCUAAUUAAAAGUUCGAGGGGGCUGGGGUUCACCAUUGUCGGUGGGGAUGAUUCGGUAGAAGAGUUUUUACAAAUAAAAAGUGUUGUACCAAAUGGUCCAGCAUGGUUAGAUGGCAAAUUACAAACUGGAGAUGUGUUGGUGUAUGUGAAUGAUACAUGCGUGUUGGGUUUUACUCAUAAUGAAAUGGUGAAUGUUUUUAAAUCGAUUGGCAGUGGUGAAACUGUUACACUAGAGGUGUGCAGGGGUUACCCAUUGCCAUUUGAUCCGAACGAUCCUAACACAGAAGUUGUUACUACUAUCGCCGUUAACGCGCCAGAUAUUUUAACAGAAGAUCCCAGGAUGUAUAUGGACUUGGAUCCUACUCUACAAAGUAACGGUCGUUUCAAUUUUCUGGAUUCCACGUUCUUGCCAGUACACAGUCUUCAGAAUGGUGAAAAUCUUGCCACUACUUCUGUCAACUCGAUGCCGGAUCUAUGCAUCUCGGACAAGAUCAACACCAUUAAACGACCCAGUAGUACGGAUAUCCUCCUGUCGGAGAGUAGCGACAUCAACGACUGCAAGGAUUCACCGGUGUCUUCCAAGUCUGAAUUUCUUAGCAUCGCGAUUGUGAAAGGAACCAUGGGGUUUGGAUUCACAAUAGCGGAUUCCGCUCACGGUCAGAAAGUGAAAAAGAUUUUAGACCGUCAACGUUGUAAGAAUUUAAUGGAGGGCGACAUUUUAGUCAACAUAAACGACGUUAACGUGAGAAACAUGUGUCACUCCGAGGUGGUGCAAGUUCUGAAGGACUGUCCUCGCAACGAAGAAGCGUUGAUACACGUGCAGAGAACGACGUCGAAGUCGAACGAAAAGAAGGAGAAGAACUCGCAGGACUUUUUUCGAAGUAAAACACCAACCGCUGAUAUCUACAGCACUCAAACGAAAACAGUUGUACCGAGUCGACCGAAAACACCGCUAAUAGACACUAGAAAUCGUCCGAAAUCACCUCCGAAUGCAAUUAGACCGAAUUGGAACGAGCAAGGCGAGAAUGAAUUAAAUCCAUUAGAUAAUCGAUACAAGUACUCCGAAUACACUCAUGGCAUGUAUUACACCGAUCCGUACAAGGCAAACAUUACAAACUUAUCAGAUAAUUUCGCUACAAUGACCAAUCUGGAUGAUGAUUCUGUACGAAACACCGCGAAGAGAGAUUGGGUUACAAAUGAUAAAUUGAACAUAAACAAUGACGUGUAUUCGAUCGAUAUACCUCAUCACGAUAAUAUGUUAAAACAAAACGGAUGUUUGCAUUCGGAUUACUACAAGGAGUUGUACACGUCGCAGUCUCAUUCACAAUACAGCGAACAAGAUUACAACGUGUAUUCGAUUGGUCAAGAGCAGAAUGUCGAUACUGGCGAGAUAUGGGACAAACGUAAAGAAACUACGAGUUUUGAACAUGAACAACCACAUUCCAGUUCUAUACCACGAUAUCCUCAGUAUACCAACGAACUAGUGUGUCCCAGUGUGCCUGAUAUAGAAUGGAUAGAAACAUUGGUUACAUUAGUGAGACAAGACACAGGAUUUGGUUUUAGAAUAGUGGGUGGCACAGAGGAAGGAUCUCAACAGGUCUCAGUUGGACAUAUCGUACCUGGCGGUGCAGCUGAUUUGGACAACAGACUAAACACAGGUGAUCUGAUUAUGUCCGUUGACGGUGAAAGUGUUCUGAAUUCGUCGCAUCAUCAUGUUGUACAGUUAAUGAUCGCUGCAGCUCAGAAUCGCAGAGUUACUUUAGGAAUACGUCGUAGAAUUAACACGCAAGAACAUCUUCCAGAAAAUCUCCAGACUUCGUACAGUAGACAAAUGAAUCAUCAGUAUCCUUACGAUGUGACGGUCACCAGAAUGGAGAACGAAGGGUUCGGCUUUGUAAUCAUUUCUUCUGUUAAUAAAGCUGGCUCGACUAUUGGUAGGAUAAUUGAAGGUUCACCUGCGGAAAGAUGCGGGCGACUGAACGUGGGAGACCAUAUUCUUGCCGUUAAUCAUGUAGAUAUCACGAACGUCUGUCACAAAGAUAUCGUGAAUUUAAUUAAAGAUUCCGGGUACUCGGUUACCUUAACGAUUGGUUACCCUCUCGACGACUGUUGCAGUAACACGUCUCUGUCUCAGAAGGAUGAACCAACGUGUGACGGAGAUGGAGGUCAAUACCAUGCGGUUGAAUUAACGCGAGGAACUCGAGGAUUUGGUUUUAGUAUUCGCGGAGGACGUGAAUUUCAAAAUAUGCCUUUGUUUGUAUUACAAAUUGCAGAGAAUGGUCCUGCAUCUAUUGAUAAUCGACUGAGAGUCGGCGAUCAGAUAAUCGAGAUAAAUGGAAUUAAUACUAAAAAUAUGACUCACACGGAGGCAAUCGAAAUUAUACGAAACGGUGGACCAUCCGUUCGACUUUUGGUUCGACGCGGUUGUCAGAUGCCCUCAGUGGUAGGUGCUCCUCCACACCUCUACGAUAUGAAUAUAUGAAAUUAACAAUUUUUUUUAGUAACACCGCCAUUAAUCCUUGCAAGUGACGAUACUAAUGCUAAUGUUGCCUCCGUAUAACUUUUACCCUGAUAAUUUUACACUCGAAGCUUCUGAUUUUAACAAUUAGGUACCCGCGUAGCACGAAAUGAAAACAAUUUUAAAGACAAUACCAGAGAAAGGAAAGAAUGAUUUGCAAGAGGUUGUUUUAUUGCAGCGAGAGUUAGAUUAAUACUGUUACGCAGUACUAAGAGAAUCAGUACAGAAGUGUCUGGUGCAAAAAGGGAAACAAUGUGUUAUAUUGUAUAAUAUUUUAUGGAGUUGGUUAUACAUAUAUGUAGGUAUGUAGUAAGAUUAAAUACUUUCUUUUUUUUCUUUAUACACGACACAUGGGAAUCAAGUGUUAUAAUAAGUAUUCACAUGUCGUUCAGCUUUUUAAUAUUUGAUACAUAUUAUUAUUUACAUGAGCUUCGAAUUCUAUGUAUUACAGUCUAGUAAUAUACCGAGGACAUGGUUGUUGAUUCUCAAUGAAACCAUUAUCGAAUAGUAUUAAUAUUAAUUUAUAGCAAGAGAUCUUUUACGAACUUUCAGUUGAAGGAAGGGAUGCGUGAAUAUCAUUUUCCUUGCAGCUGCGAAUGUGACUCGUAAAACAAAAAACAAAACCCAAUUUAUAGGGACGAUACUUGCUCAUUCUAACCAAGAUUGGACUGGUGCUAACUCUGUAUUUAAACGAAUCUAAUUACCGAGAGGAAGAGAAUAUUAAUUCAUCCUAACACGUGUGAUAGCUUGAGAGUAUUGUGCCUUGCGCGUGUUCCAAUAUAUGAAUAACAAAAAUUACUAAGUAAACGCUUGAGCUUUUGAAGCGAUUGUAAAACGUUUAUUGAAUUUAUAUUCGUUGUAGAGUAAUCUCACAAUCGACCAAAUAAGUAUUCGACCGAUUGAUGAGGGCACCCCGCGCAGGCAUUUAUUGAAAUUACACGAGAUGGGUGUGCACCCCAAAAAACGUCAGAAAGCACGGUUUUUCAUUUUCUUAAACUGCUGUUCAUCCAAAAAUCGAUAUUUAUGAUAAGCGUGUUUAAUAU